UCGAGCGAAAGAGGGACACAUUAACGGAAAGAGAGGAAUGCUCCAAGGAGACGCCAGUCGCACUUGCUCCUUCGGCCCAUUGUCCAACUUAUAUUUAACUGUCAUAUUCUUUCGUCUGAACAGUAGUUGUAAUACUGUGGUUACGUGUUUUUAAAUGAAAUUUUUUUGAAUGAACGUGUAUCAAGUUGCUUAGCGAUAUUUAAGAAAACUGAUAAAUAACCAGAAUAGUUCCUUAAAAAAUCGAAAAUUUAUACUACAGACAUUACGUGAUUUUAUUUAACAACUACUUUUUCAAAAAAUUACUUAAUUUUGUACAAAGCUGCUCAUUACAAUUAGCCAUGGUUGCUGGUUCAAAAAUGAUGAAUGUAAGAGUUACGACGAUGGAUGCUGAGCUGGAGUUUGCAAUCCAGCAGGCAACUACUGGAAAGCAGCUUUUUGACCAAGUUGUUAAAACAAUCGGCCUACGAGAAGUGUGGUUUUUUGGACUUCAGUAUACUGACAGUAAAGGUGACCUUACUUGGAUCAAACUUUAUAAAAAGGUUAUGAGCCAAGAAGUCAAAAAAGAAAAUCCUUUGCAGUUCAAGUUUCGAGCGAAAUUCUACCCCGAGGAUGUUGCUGAAGAAAUAAUUCAAGACAUCACACUUCGUCUGUUUUAUCUUCAAGUAAAGAAUGCUAUCCUUACGGAUGAAAUCUACUGUCCUCCAGAAACAUCUGUGCUUUUAGCGUCUUAUGCAGUUCAAGCAAGACAUGGUGAUUUCCAAAAAGUAGUUCAUAUACCCGGAUUUCUUGCCAAUGAUCGUCUUCUGCCUCAACGAGUUAUGGAUCAGCAUAAAAUGAGUAAGGAAGAAUGGGAAAGUUCUAUUACUACAUGGUGGCAAGAGCAUCGGGGAAUGCUUCGCGAAGAUGCUAUGAUGGAAUAUCUUAAAAUUGCUCAGGAUUUAGAAAUGUAUGGAGUAAAUUACUUUGAAAUCCGAAACAAAAAAGGAACUGAACUUUGGUUAGGUGUGGAUGCUUUAGGUUUGAAUAUUUAUGAAAAAGAUGAUAAGUUGACUCCGAAAAUUGGUUUCCCUUGGUCUGAAAUAAGAAACAUAUCGUUUAAUGAGAGAAAAUUCAUAAUAAAACCUAUUGACAAGAAGGCACCUGACUUCGUUUUCUUCGCACCAAGAGUCAAGAUUAAUAAAAGAAUUUUAGUUCUUUGUAUGGGAAAUCAUGAACUUUAUAUGCGCAGGCGUAAACCUGAUACUAUUGAUGUACAGCAAAUGAAGGCUCAAGCUCGGGAUGAAAAAAUUGCUAAACAACAACAACGUGAAAAGCUGCAACUCGAAAUAGCAGCACGAGAACGAGCUGAAAAGAAACAACAAGAGUAUGAAGAAAGGCUACGAAGUAUGUCCGAAGAAAUGGAUAGGCGGCAAGCUGAGUUGAAUGAAGCUCAAGAAAUCAUAAGACGUUUGGAAGAGCAAUUAAAACAGUUGCAAGCUGCUAAAGAAGAACUAGAAGACCGCCAGAAAGAAUUAACUGUUAUGAUGGAAAAACUUGAACGUUCACAAGAAAUGGAAGCUGCCGAACGUGCUAAAUUAGAACAAGAAAUCCGAGCCAAAAAAGAAGAAGUAUCACGAAUCCAACAAGAAGUUGAAGUAAAAGACGCGGAAGCUAGACGAUUACAAGAAGAAGUUGAAGCUGCCAGAUUACGUCAAGAAGAAGCAGAUAGAGCAUUCCAAGCAAAUACUACUCCUUAUCAUCAUCAUGUCCAAGAAAAUGAAGAUGGCGAGGAAGAAGGUGAGGACGAAGCUCCUCACAGUGACGUUACUAAAGAUUUAACGACUGAUGAAUCAAUAAUCGACCCAGUUGAAGAGCGCCGUACUCUUGCAGAAAGAAAUGAACGUUUACAUGAUCAACUGAAGGCUUUGAAACAAGAUCUUGCACAGUCACGAGACGAAACUAAAGAAACGGUGAUGGAUAAAAUCCACCGAGAAAAUGUACGUCAGGGACGCGAUAAAUAUAAAACUCUCCGCGAAAUUCGCAAAGGCAAUACUAAACGCCGAGUCGAUCAAUUUGAAAAUAUGUAAAUUAAGACUAACAUUCUGUAAAAAAAACUCCGAAUGCUAAUGAAUAAUUUUAUCACUGA